AUGUCGCACGGCGGCGACGAUAACGCGACGGACGCGUUCGCGGCGGCCGACGUGUUCCUAGCGGGAGCGAACGCGACGCUCAGCCCGCCGCAGUACUACUCCUACUCGUACCGCGUCAUCGCGACGCUCUUCUGCUCGAUCAUCUUCUUCGUCGGCGUCGUCGGCAACGUGAUGGUCGUGCUCGUCGUCUGGCGCAGCAAGACGAUGCACACGCCGACGAACUGCUACCUGAUGUCGCUCGCCAUCGCCGACUGCAUGGUGCUUAUCUCCGCCGUGCCGUCCGUCAUCACGGGCUUCUUCCUCGUCAAGGACGCGUGGGUGUUCGGCAGCGUCGCCUGCUCGAUCUUCGUGUUCCUCAACUACCUGGGCAUUAACGCGUCGUCGCUGUCGAUCACCGCCUUCACCGUCGAGCGCUACAUCGGCAUCUGUCACCCGAUGAAGGCGCAGAUCAUGUGCACGAUGGAGCGCGCGAACAAGAUCAUUGUCGGCGUGUGGAUAUUCGCGAUGGCCUACAACAGUCCCUGGCUGCCGCUGACGCAGAUGGUCACGAACGAGUACGCCGUCGUCGGCACGGUGAGCUCGUGCGGCUUCAAGCUCGACCGCGACAUGUACACGUGGGUCUACAUGGCCGAUUUCAUUCUGUUCUACGUCGUACCGCUGCUGCUGUCCUGCGUCAUGUACGGACUCAUAGGACGCAUGCUGUUCUACAACGCGAUGCCGCAGGAGGCCUGCAUGCAGCGAACGUCGAACGGAGAGAUCUUCUAUUCUAUCUAUCUAUCUAUCUAUUUAUCUAUCUCUUCUAUC